AUGUCUUCAUCCGGGACGUGCUCGUGCCGCAUGUUCUCUGCGGUCGCCCUUGACGUGCCAGACCUGGGCCCUUCCUGCGCCGGUGGCUUCGGGUCGAUGGCGACGAUGGGCGAAACAGACGCCAGUCCUUGGGCUCGUGUUCGGCUUCGUGCUCCACGGCCACGGAGAGCUGCCGUGUCGAGGGCUUCAAGUCUCGGGGUCGAUCUUGCGGGUCCAUUGCGAGCCAUCGGGACAUGUGGUGUAUUGUCGCUUACGACGCCCUAUUUGGGUUGUCACUGCAAUAUGUUCGCCGGUAAAGGACUGAAGGUGGUGAGAUGGAAAUUAGACAAAUACUUGACCCUUCGAGUCACUCCUAGAGGAAAUAGGAGUAUGGUUACAGCCUUUCAAACCCUCAACUUAGUCGUGCAGGAGGCUUGUGGCGGCGUUGAUCCCAAGACGUUGUGGUAUGAGACCUGCUACUAGAUCCCCUAUUGGACUCUUAACACCUUGACUAUAUUCAGCACAUGAGGAUAUUGUACAUGGAUGAUUCUAAGAGAUGAGACAC